AGUCAGUCAUCACAUCUGAAAACACACGAGAUGAUCCACUCUGGAGAGAAACUGUACGCAUGUGAUCAAUGCGGGAAAACAUUUUUGAGAGCUUCAGUCCUGAAGAAACACCUGAGAGUUCAUACAAAGGAGAAACCACAUUCAUGUAAUUUGUGUGGAAAGAGUUUUUCACAUCUACAAAGUUUGAAAAUACAUCAGAAAAUACAUACUGGUGUGAGAGAUUACAUGUGCUUUGAGUGUGAGAAGACUUUUACUUCAGCGAGCCAUUUAAAACUGCACCAGAGGAUUCACACUGGAGAGAAACCUUACAAGUGUUCACACUGUGACAAGAGAUUCAGUCGGUCAGGAAAUCUGAAAACACACGAGAUGAUCCACACUGGAGAGAAACCGUGCACAUGUGAUCAGUGCGGGAAGAGUUUCACACGAAAAGGACACCUUACAGCACACAUGAGAGUUCAUACUGGAGAGAAACCUUUCACUUGUGAUCAAUGCGGGAAGAGAUUCUCACACUCUGCAAACCUUAAGGUACACAAGAACAUCCACACUGGAGAGAAACUCUACACAUGUGAUCAGUGCGGAAAAACAUUUUUGAGAGUUUCAUACCUGAAAACACACCUGAGAGUUCAUACAAAGGAGAAGCCACAUUUAUGUCAUUUGUGUGGAAAGAGUUUUGCACGUCUAGGACAUUUGAAAGAACAUCAGAAAAUACAUACUGGUGUGAGAGAGUACAUGUGCUUUGAGUGUGAAAACACUUUUACUACAGCGCAGUGUUUAAAACUGCAUGAGAGGAUUCACACUGGAGAGAAACUUUACAAGUUUUCACACUGUGACAAGAGAUUCA